CUCAUCACCGUCAUGGGGAAUCUUGGUCUAAUUGUCAUCAUCUGGAAAGACCCUCACCUUCAUAUCCCAAUGUACUUAUUCCUUGGGAGUUUGGCCUUUGUGGAUACUUGGUUAUCAUCCACAGUGACUCCGAAGAUGCUGAUCAACUUCUUAGCUAAGAGUAAGAUCAUAUCUCUCUCUGAAUGCAUGAUACAAUUUUUUUCCUUUGCAGUUGGUGUAACCACAGAAUGUUUUCUCUUGGCAUCAAUGGCAUAUGAUCGCUAUGUAGCCAUUUGCAAACCUUUACUUUAUCCAGUCAUUAUGACCAAUGGACUAUGCAUCCGGCUGUUAGUUUUGUCAUUUCUAGGUGGCCUUCUUCAUGCUUUAAUCCAUGAAAUUUUUUUAUUCAGAUUAACCUUCUGUAAUUCCAACAUAAUACAACACUUUUACUGUGACAUUAUCCCAUUAUUAAAGAUUUCCUGUACUGAUACUUCUAUUAACUUUCUAAUGGUUUUUACUUUUGCAGGUUCAAUUCAAGUUUUUACCAUUGGAACUAUUCUUAUAUCUUAUACACUUGUCCUCCUUAUAAUCUUAAAAAAUAAGUCCGUCAAAGGGAUGCAAAAAGCUGUCUCCACCUGUGGAGCUCAUCUCCUAUCUGUAUCUUUAUACUAUGGGCCCCUCGCCGUCAUGUAUGUGGGCUCUGCUUCCCCACAGGCUGAUGACCAAGAUAUGAUGGAGUCUCUAUUUUACACUGUCAUAGUUCCUUUAUUAAACCCCAUGAUCUACAGCCUGAGAAACAAUCAAGUAAUAGAUUCAUUCACAAAAAUGUUCAAAAGAAAUGUUUAG